AUGAAUGCUCUAGCCACAGGUCAAUUCGGCCGGACUGUCAUUUUGCGGGAAGUUGCUGAGGCUGUGUCCGAUAGCGCGGGCGAAGUUGCACAACGGCAAUCGACUCAGCGUCAUCAUGUUCAAGCCUUCCAAGGACCAUCCCAAGCUGCCCUUGGCUACGCCUUAAGCCUUGCAGUGUGUCUGGGCAAUGACGCAGGGGCGCGGCGCUUAUGCACGAUCCAAACGCUUAAUUGGCUCCUCGGUGACAUGGUGCGCUGCCAUCAUCGUCCCAACCUAGGAAAAGCUUGCUUUUCUUCACCGCAACGCGGCUUCGAAAUAUCAUUCAAACACAUCACGAUGUUGAGUAAAGGAGGGAAGCGGGACAUGCACCUCCUUACACUAACAACGUUCCACCAAUAG